ACCUCCUUUUCUCUUUCCCUCUUUUUAGUUUAUAAUACCUAACCUCUGAUUUGUAGACUCCAUCUGUCUCUCUCUCAUAAUCCGAAUCUCAGUAAAACAAUGCCCAAAUAAAGCAGCCCUUUCUUUUUUUAGCUUUUAGUACUUUUUUUCUCGUUAGGGUUUUGUUCUCUUGUUUAUUCCCCUCUAUAUUUGGAAACAUGCGGCCUUUCUCCAAGAAUAUCUUUCUCCGAACCUCUAUUUAGCCGAAAUCUAGAAACCCCUAUUCUCUUUGUUAGUACAAAUACUAUACAAUAUUUUGCUUUCUUGGGCUGUUUUGUUGUUUGUUCUUGAGAGGUGGGCUAUUUAUAUUAUUGUAGUAAAGUAUAAACAUGACAAGGGAGAAGAUUCAGAUCAAGAAAAUCGACAACACCUCGGCCCGGCAGGUUACUUUCUCCAAAAGAAGAAAAGGACUCUUAAAGAAAGCUAAAGAACUUACAGUUCUUUGUGAUGCUGAUGUUGCUCUCAUCAUCUUCUCCUCCACAGGGAAGCUCUUCGAGUUUGCCAGCUCAAGCAUGAAGGACAUACUUGAAAAGCAUGGUUUGCACACAAAGAACCUUGAAAAGUUGGAACAAUCAUCUCUUGAACUUCAGAACGAGGGAAUUGCGAAGCAGAUAGUUGGGGACAUCAACUACUCCAGAUUAAGCGGAGAAGUUGCUGAGAGAAGCCAUCAACUGAGGUACAUGAGGGGAGAGGAACUUCAAGAGUUGAGUACUGAAGAGUUGCAGAAGUUAGAGAGAUCACUUGAAACCGGGUUGAGCCGCGUGAUAGAGAAAAAGGAUGAAAAAUUCAUGAAAGAGAUCAAUCAACUUCAACAAAAGAGAAUGGAACUCAUGGAAGAGAAUGAGCGUCUAAGACUGCAGAUAUCGAGAGGGAAGAAAAAUAUGAUAGCAGCUGAUUCUGUGAACAUAGUCGAGGAGGAAGGUCAAUCAUCAGAGUCGAUUACUAAUGCUUGUAACUCGAUUGGCCCUCCGCAAGACUCGGAUAGCUCAGAUACAUCUCUCAAGCUUGGGCUGCCAUACUUUAGCUGAAACAAUGGAGCUAAACUUAAUUGUUGAUGGAUGGAUGAUUACUUGCCGGAUAUGGAUGUUCUAAAUAUAUAUGCCCUUGUUGUGUGUUUCGAUUUCCUCCCUUCUUAUGGAAUCUAUGGAUCCGUAUACUGAAAACUGAUAAUUAACUGCAGUACGAUAUCAUAUCCCAAGUGUCAAGCUUAAAACCAAUUUCACUCAGCUUGUAAUAUAGACGGGGUGGAGAUGAUGAGUUUGGUCCAAAAAUAUUACUUGGCAUUGUACCCCAGUGAUGUUGGUGCGGCACCAAUAAGAUUGACUUUUUCAUCA